GAGGAUCUCCGUUUAGAUGGUCGUGGCUGUGAAGACUAUAGAUGUGCUGAAGUAGAAACAGAGGUUGUAUCAAACACAAGUGGAUCUGCGAGAGUAAGGCUGGGACACACGGAUGUCUUGGUGGGUGUCAAAGCUGAAAUGGGGACACCGAAGUUAGAGAAACCAGAUGAAGGUUACCUGGAAUUCUUUGUUGACUGUUCUGCAAAUGCUACUCCUGAAUUUGAAGGCCGAGGAGGAGAAGAACUUGGCACAGAGAUAGCAAAUACGCUCUAUGGAGUAUUUAGCAGCGAGAGCAGUGUAGACUUGAAAUCACUUUGUAUUAAUCCCAGGGAGCACUGCUGGGUUCUCUAUGUCGAUGUAUUGUUAUUGGAAUGUGGUGGGAACCUCUUUGAUGCAAUCUCUAUUGCGGUGAAGGCAGCUCUCUUCAAUACAAGAAUACCCAAAGUGCGUGUUUUGGAGGAUGAAGAAGGCUCUAAAGAGAUUGAGCUGUCUGAUGACCCUUACGAUUGCAUUCGACUUAAUGUGGAUAAUGUGCCUUGCAUUGUCACACUGAGCAAAAUUGGAUACAGACACGUGGUGGAUGCCACCCUUCAAGAAGCAGCCUGUUCUUUGGCCAGCCUGCUCAUUUCUGUGACCAGUAAAGGCACCCUCACUUCUAUGAAGAAAGUGGGAAAAGGUAGCCUGGAUCCUGAGAGUAUUUUUGAAAUGAUGGAGACGGGAAAAAGAGUAGGCAAGUCGUUACAUAUAGCCCUUCAGAAGACUUUGGACGAAGAAGAGAGUUUGGGGUCCUCACGGCAGAAAGUUGGAUUUCUAGGAUGAGUUUUGAUUGUACGUUCAGAACUGGUUUUUAAUUGAUUGUGCA